AAAAGAAUGAACAUAAUUAUGAGAUCCAGAUUGACCCAAAGGUGUUGAAUAAGAAAACAUUGACCACAAAGUUGAAGCAUGUGUUUCUAUAAGCCAGAUACAGCACAUAUUUUUACCUUUUGCGUUUCUAAUUGUUAAUUUUGUUGUUAGGACAAAAAUCUAUCCCGUUGUUCUUACGCUUCUCCAUCUCCUUAUAAAACUAUAGACUCCAUGCGAUUGUCUAAUCAUUAGUAUUCACACACACACACACAUUGUUACAUUAGCAGCGACAGAGUGAACAAGGACACGAACUGAAGAUGGUUGGGUUUGGAAACUCGAAGAAUUCCGAUAGUGAUACGUACAAGAACGGGAGUUUAUCAGAUGCAGUCAUCAAUCUCGAUCAAGGAGACCCGACGGCGUUCCAAGAGUAUUGGAUGAAGAUUAAGGACAGGUGUACGGUGGUGAUACGAGGAUGGGAUCUGAUGAGUUACUUCAGCGAUACGACAAACGUGUGUUGGUUCCUAGAGCCAGAGCUAGCGAAGGCGAUCAAGGCGUUGCAUGGUGCGAUAGGUAACGCGGCCACUGAGGAACGCUACAUCGUGGUGGGGACUGGCUCGUCGCAGCUUUGUCAGGCCGCUUUGUUUGCACUUUCGUCGGUCUCUGAGGUCAAACCUGUCAGCGUCGUCGCCGCCGUUCCUUAUUACUCCACAUACGUCGAAGAGGCAUCGUAUGUUCAAUCGAAGCUGUACGAAUGGGAAGGAGACGCAAGGACGUUCCACAAAAAGGGACCGUACAUCGAGAUGGUGACGUCGCCGAACAACCCUGAUGGGACCAUCAGAGAGCCGGUGGUGAACGGUACGGAGGGCGGGAAAGUGAUACACGACUUGGCGUAUUACUGGCCACACUACACUCCCAUCACUCGCCGUCAUGACCACGACCUUAUGCUCUUCACCUUCUCCAAGAUCUCCGGUCACGCUGGAUCUCGCAUCGGGUGGGCGUUAGUGAAGGAUGUAGAGGUUGCUAAGAAGAUGGUGCAGUACCUAACAAUCAGUUCCAUUGGUGUAUCGAAGGAGUCACAGACUCGAGCUACCACGAUUCUCAACGAACUCACCAAAACCUGUCGGACCAAAUCGGAAAGCUUUUUCGAGUAUGGUCACGAGAAGAUGAAGUCACGGUGGGAGAGGCUACGCGAGGUCGUCGAGUCCGGUGACACAUUCACUCUACCUAAUUACCCUCAAGCGUUUUGCAACUUCUUUGGCAAAACCAUCUCCACUUCUCCUGCGUUUGCGUGGUUAGGGUGUAAAGAAGAGAGAGAUCUCGCAAGUCUCUUGAAGGAGAAGAAGGUUUUGACGAGAGGAGGAGACAAAUGUGGCUGCGAUAAGAAGUACGUACGCGUCAGCAUGCUUUGCCGCGACGAUGACUUUGACGUCUUUCUCCACAGACUUGCCACCAUCAAGGAUCUCAAAUGCAUUGAGCCUUGAGUAUUGUCUUCUUUUUUUUUUAAAUUUAUGUUAUACAAUUCUUUACCAAACAAAAUAAUAA